GGUCGUAUAGCGUCUAUCUCAGUAAGCGGAUAUUACUUUCUGGUUAGAUUCUUUGCGAUUGCCACGCUAGGAGGGACAUGUGUAUCGUUGCCAACUAACGCCACACCACACGAGACUCUCAAGCUCUUGACCAUGUCCGAUGUGGCAUAUAUUCUGACCGAGCCCAACGCCGUUGAACGUGUUUCUCUGAUCAAAGAAUAUGCAAAUCAUAUCAAGACAAUCCAGGUCGAGCAGGGAGCAAGAUGCGAGUUCGCGUCCGAUUGGUGUAUUAGUAUGCCUGCUACUAGGGUGCAGAUCAAGCUAUCAAAUCGGGAUAAGGGAGAGUUGCUUGUCAAGUCUCCUCGAAUGUUCACGCACUAUCUCAACGAUGAAACAGCAAACAAGGAUGCAUUCGACGAGGAGGGAUUCUACAAAACGGGCGACCUUGUGCGACGUGUCGGGGCCAGUUACUUUUUGAAGGGAGGGGAGACUUUGACUGUACGAACCCUCCUGCUGAAGCCUGUAGGGGUCGUUUUGAAACCUAACUGAAAACCACACUGGGAUCAACUUUCUUAAUCGCAAAAUCUCUGUCCUAGAGCUAGAACAAC